GCUCGCGUCGUUUCUAAUUAUCAUUUCUACAACGCGUUUAUUCAAACGCGCAGUAGUGCAAUCCAUCUCUGAUUCUGAACUUACUAUAACAAAAGAGCUAGCGACAGCAGCGUACUUCAGCGAAAAAUAUGAUAAGGCAUUCGUCGAAUCUUCCAACGUCGAUUGUGAUAUUAACAAACUUAGUUGCUCUGAAUCUCCGUUCGGGAACUCGUCAUUCUACACAGAAACCAAAAGUAUGCAUGGUGUCAAGCGCGUCAUAGCAUUCUGCAUACUGACUGCGAUUUUACCUGCGUCAUUAAUAAUACUACCCCUGUAUCUUCGGCAUACAGUUUUUGCUGAUGUAGUAUAUCCGAUUGCUGAAUCCGACAUCAUUGAAAUCCGAGAUGGAAUAUCAUCAAUAUUUUGUCAACGUCACACGUUGCAGAUGAAUACCAGCUUCAAUGCAUUUCAGCUGAAGCAGAAGCCGGAGAUAUCCCAGAAUCGAAAGCAUAUACGAUUGAAGAAAUCGAUGUCUCUACCAGACGAUACGCUUGAAUAUUGGGGCUUUUACUUGCUUAAAGGAGCAACGGUUGCUUUAAAAGUCUGUUCGCGCUAUGACGGCUCUCGAAUUCUGGUAGUUAAAGGUGAAAGAAAUCUCCGAACUUGUGGUCUUUUAGAACAUAACAAAAAUAAAAUAGGCGCUCAUUUGAAUAACGAGCACACACAAGUGUUAGUAACGUUCGAAUCAGCUGCGGAGAUAGUGGAUUCCUCUGGACCCAAUAACGACAACAAAUCCGAUCGCUAUGUACCGCCUGAUAUAGGAAAUCAUGGUGGUGAAGAUUUAACUGACGAAGAUAUGACUGCUGAUGAAACUUUGAAUGCUCAUAGGAAAUCUGAAGAGUCGACAAAACAUGCUUACAAUACAAAGCAUAAGCUGGCAUCGAAAGGUUUAGUAGCGAAUAAUCAACACAGAAAGAAGAGCAAUGAAAAUCCUGACAGCUCAGAUGAAGAUAAAUCUUUGGCUCAUCAGGAUCGUUCAGCUGCUGACGGCCGUCCAUCGAAUGUGCCAAAUUCUAUACAUAUUUCCAAAGAAGUCGAUUCUAGUCGUAGACAUUAUGACAGUUUUAAGCAGCAACCAGAGGCUACAAGUGCCAAAACUACGCAGAACACCAACAGAGAGAUUGAAGAAGUUAAUCGUCGUAAACGACAUCACGGUAGACAUGGCCACCAUCGCGAUAAGAUAAUUCGUAAUAGCAUUCACGCUGAAGGUACACCACUAGCAGAAAAUAUACCGACGGAUUCUAGUGGCACGAGAACAAAACGUGAUACUGUUUAUGACCGACGUAUAAACCACGGCGGCAACGCCUUCAAUUUCUCCAACAACACAUCAGACUCGGUGUCAAGUUUUGAAAACAGUUUGCUCACAUGCUACGAUGGUGAUAUUUUGCUGGCACAAAGCUUUCCACCGAGUCAUCUUUGUAAAGAUGUACAAUAUCUCGAGAAUGGGGUUCAUAUGGUAACAAAGCAUGAGAUCGCAUCGGAUGGUUACUACUAUUAUAUAUUCUACAGUGAUAACGAUUAUGUUCAAAAUGAUAUCCAUGCAGUGUUUGAUAUUUACAAGCCAACCUUUCAGUACUCAAACAUCUCGGAAUCAAAAGGCUGUGUUAAUAGUACAAAUUGCUCAUUUCCUAUUUCUUUCUGGACAGACGAGCGAGUUAUAGUCGAAGUACCCACCCGCGAUGGCAUUGAGCACGAGGAAGACGACAUUACUUUUCUUAUAUCGACGUGUCAACCUCGGAUGGCCAUCUACGUUAUAUUUCCAAUUUCUGUCCUGUUUUUAGUACUGACUUGUGCGUUUCUAUAAUUGCUAAAAAUUUAGUGUUACAGUUAUAUGGCAUCAAUAAUAAAAUUAUUUUAACGUCAGCUUGCUCAGACAAGUCGGCAAAUUUGAACGAUAAGACAAAGAAUAAUGCCAUUUCAGCAUAAUAGAUUAGCAUUAACAGUUUUUUUAUAACCUACACCUAAUUAUCAGUAAUUAUGAAGAUGCAAUUAUGAAUGGUUCAACUUAAACAAAUUUUUAUUGCCCUCCUGAUCAUAGAAAACUUGUAGUGAAUUUGACGAUGAAAAUGUGCCUUUCACAUCUAAUUGUAUAAAGCAUAAAGUCAAGAUGUCUAGCAUAGAGAAGUUAAAAUAAUGUUUUGUCACUUUUGCAAUAUUUAUGUUAGCCAUAUGAUUUCAAUAAUAACUGUUUACUAAAAAAUUUAAAACGCAAAUUAUGCAACCAUUCGGAAUGAGCAAAUAUUUGGAUAAGAUAUUAACAGCAAAUUGUCGAAUUAAUUUAUUUUAAAACAAAACCUUACAAAAUUAAUUCUCAGUAAUAAUGAACUCUUUACGUCCUGCAGAUGACGUGGUAGUCCUACUGACACUGCACUGCUAGCAAUAAAACUUGUUCAACUGAAAAAAUCCAAAUGUUUUGUUAUUGCACUUAUUUUGUUAUGUUGGUUAAUGCAGCCAACUGGCCUUAAAAUGCCUGGUUUUACAAAUCAAAUAUUAUAAUCAAGCAAGGUUUUGGCAAUCUGUUGUCCUGGUUAAAAAAUGGAUGUAUUGUAAAUAGGUACCAGAUAAAAAUAUUGCCAUAAUUAAUUGGUCGGUAUUAGGCCGGACCGAACCAAAUGACAAAAUUCUGAUUUCGAGAAAACCCGAAUUCAAAGUUUACUACUCUGUUGUAGGUAUUGUUUGUAGCUUUCAAUCGUUCGAAAUCAUCUCACAUCUCUGGCUAUUUGUAUCGUUUAUGAAAUCUGUUUAGAGUAAAAUGUAGUUCUUGAUCGUUGGUUGUCAUUAAUUAAUUUUUUUAAUUUUGCGACUUGGCCUGGUCUGACUUAUGUCCAAUAUCCUAUGAUAAUAGUGUUGUCAGUAAAAACGUAAGAAGCACAUAAGCAAAACCAUAUUGCUGACGGAUUAAAAUUGUCUGGUUUUCUGGCUCGUGGUGUUUUAUAACAUUCGUAUGGUGGUCAAUCACUGAGAACAGCAACAGCAUGAGUGACAGGCAAUAGUAAUAAUUUUAGAUCUAUAAUAAAGUAUAAAGUGUUGAAUCCAAAGAUGUAACAAAGACCAGGACCACUGUAGGUAUAUAAAGUUCCAAAAAGUCGGAAAGACCGUUUGAGAUAUCUAAUGUACAGUCAACCAAAAAAGCAUUCGGACAGCAGCGCAUAAAAUUUUCUUUUAGUAAUUUUGCACAGUAUUUUUGCAAAGAAUGGUAACACAUAUUUUUUAAAACAAUGUUUAACUAAAGCAUAUUUAUAUGCACAACAAAAAUUCGGGAAAAAGCUUUCCGUUUUGAAGAUAGGGUACAUAUAGUUUGAAUUCCUCAAAAAUGCAGCCAAAAAAGUAUUCGGACACUGAAGUUUUUGGAGCGUCUUAGUAGAAUACGAAACCUAAAAAUAAAAAAUAAGAAAACUUAUCCAAUUUAAUUCUACUAUGUGUAUUUUAUUCAAUGACAGAUACGUAUUUCGCCUACGACUUGCAGGCUUCCUCAGUGUCUGUUUUCGAACUAAACACUAACAACUAUGACACUAACCGCAUUGCUCGUUUACUUGCUGACGAGUGAUUUUUUGCUUGUAACCCUUCUCUUUUAGUUAUUCUUGCAUAAGGGUUGUUGAUGUCAUACCUUGUUGGGGUGCUUGGAAAGCUCCGAGGCACCAAAGAUAUAUAUUUUUGGAUAGAACUAAAUGUAAACUCAACUAUCUGAAUAAUUUUAGGUGAAAUUAAAGCAAAAUUGUAAUUGUGUGGUACAUACAUAUUGUACCGGGAUGUUGAAUCUAAACAUACUGUCGAUAAUUGUAAGCGGUAGGCACCAUAUAAUUGUCCUAGAGCUAUCGAAACAUCAGCAUUCAGUCUAGAUUUAAACCCUUUUGAACAUCUUUUUAGAUAAUCUCAUUUCUAAAUGAGAAAUCAUUCGAUUUCUUAUCACAAUGACUUAAACCGAGCUCUUGUAAAAAAAUGGUCAGCAAUUCACAGUGGGAUAUUUGAAAAAUUGUUAAUUUUAUCCCAAACAGAUUAAAACAGGUCAUCAAGAAUGUAAAUGGUCCUACAAGGUAGUAGUUGAGCGAGAAAGGACAUUUGUUUCAACUAAUAGUUAACUGUCCGAAUACUUUUUUGGCUGCAUUUUUGAGGAAUUCAAACUGUAUGUACCCUAUCUUCAAAACGGAAAGCUUUUCCCCGAAUUUUUGUUGUGCAUAUAAAUAUGCUUUAGUUAAACAUUAUUUUAAAAAAUAUGUGUUACCUUUCUUUGCAAAAAUACUGUGCAAAAUUUCUAAAAGAAAAUUUUAUGCGCUGCUGUCCGAAUACUUUUUUGGUUGACUGUAUAUUAUGCUUAUUAAUUUAUGUACGAAGAUAGUAACAAUUAUUCGAUCAAGAUUUAAUUGCAUUCUUCUACGUCAAAGUUGAAGCCAGCGAAACGUAUUACUCAAAGAGACGAAAUGCACGGUUAAAGUACAAGUUGAACUAAAUAAAACUAUGAACAGGAGCAAUAAAUUUGAAUAGAAAAAGUAAUAUUUAUAAAAUAUCUAUGUUUCAAAGAAGAUUUUUAUGUGUGAAUGUAGGUAUAUACCUCGAUUAUGAUAAAAACAACUUUCCAAGAAAAUUUAUAAGAGUUGGGAGUUAUGAGGUUAUUCGAAAUUGAAUACUAGAAUAAUUUUAAUUAAUCUGACGGCUAAAAAACUAAUCUAAGAGCUACAACUCAAGCUGAACGUAAAUAAAAUUUCGAACUUUGCGACAUUAUUUCUCAAUUCACAAUUUGAGCUCGCUGAGUAUCAGCUUAACUUAGCUCAAGCAGAAUGCCCUUAGUUGCACUUCGUGAUUGGUCGAACCAGUAAAAUCGCAUUUGAUUAACUGCGCGAAAACUUCGAAACAGGUUAUUCUCAAACACGUAAGCGACGCUGAACUCCCGAACAAAAAAUACUCAUUAUUUCAACUAUAUGUCAUUGUGAGACAAACUUCAGUAUUAAAAACCUGCUCGCAAAUAACUCAAACAUAUUUUUCUUGAUAACGUGUAAGCCGAUUCGGGUUCUUUGCAUUGUGACCAUCGGGUUUUAGAUGAACAUUAAUAAUUAUGUUUUGAUAUGGCAGCCUCUUUCGCCUUUCCCUCCCUGAAUUAAAUCAUUCAAAAAAGUAUUACGAUAUUUUGUCUUGAAAAGUUACCUAAUAUUAUUGAAUUCUACAUAAAUUUUUGUAGCAUUAGACAUGGAACCUAACUUUUCAAAACUCUACUUUAGAUUUCAAACUAAAAAACAACGCCUGUAAUCAAUGCGUUCUUCUAACUCCUAGGCUGCCGGUUUAGUUUUUGAGUGGCGGUGUUGAAAUUUUCAUUCGCUAUGUAAUUCAGGACAAGUAGCUGCAACUUAAUUUUAGUCUAUUUUCAGAAUUUAUUCAAACGGCUUCGGAUACAUACUCUCAAAAUGCAAAUUUUUCGAAAGAAUUGAAAUUUUGAUUUUUUUAAAUCAAAAAACUCCUUGUCCCCUUAUUAAGGGGUACAGAGUAAUGAAAUAUUCUCGGAAACUUUAAAAAAAAACGUAAGUGACAUUGAGAGGCAUAUUAUGUGCUGCAGUUCUAUCACAUGUCGUAAAACAACAAUAAUACAUACAGAUAUUGUAAAUAAAUGCUACCGGUAAUGCGAUAUUGAAUAUUUCUCGCACAUGGAAGAACGUUAAUCAAUUUCUGACUUCUCGUAUUUUGAUAAUUGCUUAUGUUUUGACAAUAUUAGAGCUAGUCUGACAUAGCCUCUUAAUCAUAUUGAAUUUUCGAGCAAUAUUAUCAAUUUAAAAAAAUAGAGCGUUUAGUUAUUCGUACGAAAAUUCUUUAUUGUUCCAUGCAUAAAUAUAAAUAUAUGUAUCUACAUAUGUUUUCAAACAUUACUCAGGAGAAGUAGAGCAUUGGAUGGUAUUUUCGGCAUGCUUCUAAUUAUUGGGCCUAUUCUGUUUUCGUGUUACCUAUACUGAAUGUGCCCGUAGUUGUGUAUAUUGGUAAGAAUUAGUGAUGAUUUUCUACCUAGGCUGCGGAGAACAGAGGGCAAAGACGCAAAAUAGCAACAGGUCGAAAAACUGAUGCCGCAACCCUUUCUAAAUGAAUAAUCACAUAUACUAGUCUUUUACUGAUACCUGCAUGUAGAAUGACUGCAUAUCAACAUUUUUAAAGAAGCUAGAUAGCUGUUAUUUACGAAUUCGCUACAAAUGCCCCCAGUAGUAUGUGCAAGCAAUACUCAACGGCAAUUAAUAGUGUAAUUUAUGAAAGCAGUACACACUUGUAAUAAACGAAGACAUAUGAUAAAUGGAAUAUUCCUUGUGAUAUAGAACCUUUCAAUGAUAGAAUUUGACUCUGGUCGUUAUUUUGUUUAAAAAAAAUAGAAGUAAUAAUAUUUUACGAAAAACUAGUCCUUUGUUUUGCACCUGCAGGUAGAAUCAUGAUAUAUCAACAGUUGGUAAUUUAAAUAAACAACAGGCAAGCAACUGAUGCAUACGAAUUUGCUGCAAGAGGCUCUAUUACAUUAGUAACUAAAUAGCAAUUAAUGCUAUUAAUAGUAGAUUUAUAAAAAAAACUUUCCUGUGGAUAUGUUGUAAAUGGAAAAAGACUAGACAAGUGAAAUAAAAUAUGUAUGACAAACAAAAAGUUAUUAGAUGCGGCUUUGUUCAUGCAAAAGAGAAGGGGGCGAAAUAAAAAUCCAUUA